AUGGCUGAUGACAAAGCCACGAGAUCACUAGGCCCUGUUUUGGACGCUGUUGCUGUCCAGUCCAAGGUCAAGAGUUUCCUUGAGGGUUUUGAAACCGCAAAACCUUUCCUAGAGUCAAACUUGACACUGGCUGAAAUUGAGACAGUCCUUGUGGAUGGUGGCUUUACUGAGUCCGAACAAAAGACUACGAUUGAAUUCUUGCAGACUUACCGACGAGGGCAAUCCAAGCUCCAGGAACUGACGGGACACUUGACAUGGAUGAAGGAGUCAGGGGCAGACCCUUCGGAAAUGCUUCCUUUGGAAUCUGGGAUUGCCUUGUUGGGCGUCAAGCCUGAAGAGCCUGCAGACUUAGGCAAGGGAAAGGGGUCUGGUAAGCCAACGGACCCAGCAGAUGACAAAGGAAAGGGAGGACCAUCCAAAGAGUACUGGCAGCUUUACCGCUAUGUCCAGCCACGGGCUAAUGGUAGCUUCAAAUGUUCGGAGGAUGUUCUGAAAAUGUAUCGGAGCCCUGAUGGUCGUGAACGCCUGCUGGGCAUGCUACGUGAAGGUGGGAGCGUGACUCAAAUGGAGGUGCUGGUGAAGAAAUGGCAUAAGGUGAUCUCUGAGAAGAACAAGGGGGGCCGUUGGAUAACUAAGCUGCAGCUCAUGGAAGAAUACAACUAUACCGAGACAAUGGCGGACAAAUCUUUCAAAUGGGCCGCAGAGAAAGGCAGCGGUUUUUUUCGAAAGAACCCGGUGCACGGUGAAGAGGAGGCUAAGUUGGUCUUGACAGAUGCCUUUAACGUCAAUGAGCAGGAUGGAAAUGAGAUGACAUGUGAGUCAUCCUUCAAUGUUGAGGAUUCAGGUGACACCCUGUUCAACCAAGUUGAAGGGGUCGAGGGGGUUGAGGAUGAGGUGCCCCCUGAGACUCCCCCUGCAACAGCUGCUGGUUCUUUCAAGUUCCAUCCUCAUUUGUUCUGGAAAAUGUGA